CUCCUCCUCCUCCAGGCUGCCGUCACCCACCGGGGCUGCUGGACCGGAGCGACUCGGCACCAACAACCAGCCGCCGGCUGCUCCUCCGUGCUGAGUGAAGACUCGGUGCAGCCAGGAGCCUUCCCGCCGCCGCCGCCUCUGCCCGAUAUUUCUCACGGUUAACGACAUGGCCUCCGACGGCAUGGACGAGCGAUCUCCGCUGCUGUCGGGCCCCAACUCCGAGAAUGUGACCCCCACCGCUCCCCCGUACCUGCAAGAUUCAAGUCCCCGAGCCGAACUACCUCCUCCUUACACAGCCAUCGCCAGCCCAGACGCCGGCGGUGUGCCUGUCAUCAACUGCCGCGUAUGCCAGUCGCUUAUCAACCUGGAUGGGAAGCUGCAUCAGCACGUGGUCAAGUGCACAGUCUGCAAUGAAGCUACACCCAUCAAGAACCCCCCAACAGGGAAGAAAUAUGUGAGGUGUCCCUGUAACUGCCUGCUCAUCUGUAAAGACUCGUCCAGGAGGAUAGGAUGUCCUCGACCAAACUGUAGACGCAUUAUCAACCUGAGCCCGGUGAUGGUAAUCCCUGAGGAGCAACCCGCCCAGCCGGCACUGCCCAUCCAACCUGAGGGGUUGAGGGUGGUCUGCGGUCACUGUGGAAACACCUUCCUAGGCAGUGAGGACGCCAGGUCAUCCCAGCCAAUGUCUGGCCUCCCCAGCGAUGGCUCUCCCCCAGCACAACAACAGUGGAUGGAGCUUCGGUUUAACACACUAGCCAAGUGUCCCCACUGCAAAAAAAUAUCCUCUGUUGGCAGUGCGCUGCCUAGGAGGCGCUGUUGUGCUUAUAUAACUAUAGGAAUGAUCUGCAUUUUCAUUGGAGUGGGUUUAACAGUUGGUACUCGGGGCUUUGCCAGUCGUUACAACGCCACCUAUGUAUCUUGGGCAUUCGCCUACCUGCUGGGCCUCAUCUGUCUGAUACGAGCCUGCUACUGGGGCGCUAUCAAAGUCAGCUACCCAGAGAACAGCUUCGCCUAGAGCGGGCUCAGUGUGGCAUGGCCCUGCACGGCUGGAAGAACAAAACACACUUUUAGUUUUUUUCAUCUUGUUCAGAUUUCAAACCGGUCAUGUUCAGCGGGGUGGAACGUCUGGAAAGUGUCUGGGCAGGAGUGUGUAGAAGAGGUGUUGUGUAUGUUUGAAGAGGAAGUCUGUUGGAGAUGUAGCUUGUGGUGUUUGUGUCUGAAAUGUUUUUUUUAGAGAGUUUUGACUCGCUGAACAAACCUAAUGUCCACAAGGACUCAAAUCCUGCCCAGGUUUUGCCAAAAUCUUCCAAAAUACAGAAUCAAGAAACUGUGAUUUUUUUCUUGACGAAUGCCAAAAUUAGCUGAUUUAAAAAUGAUAGUUUAGCAAACUGGUUGGAUUUGGUCUUUCUGGACCAUUUUUUUUUUCAGUUUUUUCAGUAGCCUGACUGAUUUCUUUUGUUACUGACCAGACCAAAAUGAGACAACCCUCUAAGAACAGUUUAGCCCAUUGCACUACGAUUAUAUGCAAUUGUAUGUGUUGUUUCGCUGCUAGUUUAACUCCAGCUACAGAUAGCUGCAUAUCCAUACUGUAUUGUAACAUUUACCUUGCCUGUGUACACUGACAUAGUAUUGCUAUAUGAUUUUAACUCUUGAAAAGAUCAAUUUUUAAAAAGAAAUCCUCCUUAAAUACCCAUAUGUGCCAACUUUGCUGCCCAGUAUUAGUCAAGAAGAGCAUCAGAUCAGCAGGAGCUUGUUUUUCUAUCAAAGUGUUACGUUGUUGUGCCAUGCAGCUUUUAACUCACUACAGCAAUAACCCUUUUUAUUUGAGUUAUUUUUAACCUUUCCCGUCAUAUCUCCCUGUGUUCUUCAAUCCGUGUUUCUGUUGCCCUCUCACUGGUGGAAAACAUGGUGACUCACGUUUGCAUGUUGUUUAUGUUCUGUCACUGAGGUGGUGUUUUUUUCUGUUACAGAGAGGUAGCUGAAGCGUAUGAUGUUCCUGUCUUUGCUCCUUCUGCCUGUGAGUUAGAAUGUAAACCCUCCUCCUCCUCCUCUUCCUCCCCAUCGCUUAUAUUGACCGCUCUCUGACCUCCGGUGAACUCUGUGCUAGCUAGCAUCGCUAUAGGCUAACUCAGCAUCCUGUCUCUUGACCUUGACCAGUGGGCACAGUUCAAACUUGUAACCUUUGUUUUGAAUGUGAUGAUGAUGAUGAUGAUGAUGAUGAUGAUGAUGAUGACGAUGAAACAGAAAAUAAUAUUAAAAAAAACUUUGUACAUAAUUCAAAUUCAGUACUUGGAGAACUGUAGUGAGAGGUUGAAGGAGAGGAUGGCUCGUGGGUCUUUUUAAAAAUGAUAAUUUAUCAAUAAAAUGUAAAAACUG